UGAAAUCCUUGAACGUGCAGAAUAUUGACGCCUGUGGCGAUCUUCUCAACUUCAUUGGAGAGGCCUCGGAUCGCGCAAGGAAGGCAAUGCAUGGCGUCACCCCGCUGUUCGUGCUCAAGAUUCGUGACGGCAGCUCGCCACUUCGCAUCUACAACGAAGUUGUGGCAUUGGCGUGCGAUCGACGACUCUGCCACGUCAUCAUCGAGGUGCCCAUUGAAUCUCUCACCAUCGCGAUGACGGCCCUUCCACGCCUCGACUUCCACCUCGUCCCCAACUUCUCCGUCUCGGAGGCCUUCCGCUACACACACCACCUAAUCGACCCGCUCGAGCUAACACACUUCGUUGAGGUGGUCGGGACAAACAGCAACGACCUCGAUGAACUCCUCGCCGCUGUCCGCCACGCACACAUGUCUGCCACUACAUACACCAACCAGAAGCUUGUCAAGGCCAUGAGGCAGCUACAGGCAGCGUGGGCAAAGGAUCCCUCCCUUCGCGAGGCAGUCAUAAAGUUGGCACGCUUUCCGUUUGAAGAAGGACAGAGCGAGGGAUACGACUACUCCAGCCUACGCAACGAGGCUCUUCGAGACAUAGUCAUGUACAAUGCAGUUGCGGAUGUCUGGAUGUUCCAACAGAAGGUGUUUCACACAGCGGCUUGCUGUUGGCAGUAG